AUGGCUCCCGACCCAGAGCAACCCUCCGUCGCAGCCAACGCCGACGAGGCGUUGGCCCGCAUGGGCUACCAGAGCGAACUGCCGCGCAAUUUGAGCAUGUUGAGUAUUCUGGGUCUCUCCUUCGCCAUCAUCGCCGCCCCCUUCGGCCUCAGCACCACGCUCUACAUCACCCUCGUCGACGGCCAAUCCGUAACCAUUCUCUGGGGCUGGGUUUUCGUCACCCUCAUCUCCAUCGCCAUCGCCGCCUCGCUGGCCGAGAUCUGCGCCGUCUACCCCACGGCCGGCGGCGUCUACUACUGGAGCGCCAUGCUGUCCACCAAAAAAUGGGCCCCCAUGAUGUCCUUUAUCGACGGCUGGGUCACCCUCGUCGGGAACUGGACCGUCACGCUCAGCAUAACCUUCGCCGGCGGCCAGCUCAUUCUCAGCGCUAUCUCGCUCUGGAAUGAGGAUUUCGUCCCCAAUGCCUGGCAGACUAUUCUUACCUUCUGGGCUGUCAUUCUCUGCUGUGCGGCUGUCAAUAUCUUCUUGUCGAAGUGGCUGGACCUUAUCAAUAAAGUUUGUAUCUUUUGGACCGGGGCCAGUGUGAUCAUUAUCUUGGUUACGCUGUUGACGAUGGCGGAAGAUCGGAGGGAUGCUGAGUUCGUUUUUGGCCAUUAUGAUGCGUCCGAGAGUGGAUGGCCGGAUGGCUGGGCCUUCUUCGUCGGCCUCCUACAGGCUUCGUAUACCCUGACCGGGUAUGGCAUGGUGGCUGCCAUGUGUGAAGAGGUACAAAACCCCGAAAAAGAGGUCCCGAAAGCAAUUGUGCUGUCUGUCGUCGCCGCUGGCGUUACCGGCGUGGUAUACCUCAUUCCCGUGCUAUUCGUGUUGCCCUCGGUCAAGGCGCUCAACGAAGUGGCCAGCGGACAACCCAUUGGCCUCGUCUUCAAGACGGUCACCGGCUCGGCCGGCGGCGGCUUUGGCCUACUAUUCCUACUCCUGGGGAUCUUGGUGUUUGCGGGGAUUGGGGCCUUGACGGCAGCCAGUCGAUGCACCUACGCGUUUGCCCGGGAUGGCGCCAUCCCCGGAUUCCGGCUCUGGCGCAAGGUGGACAAGCGCCUAGACGUGCCGCUGUGGUCCAUCAUCCUGUCGACCCUGGUGAUUUGCCUGCUGGGACUGAUCUACUUCGGAUCGGAGGCGGCCUUUAACUCCUUUACCGGCGUCGCCACCCUGUGCCUGCUGAUGUCGUACGGCCUCCCCAUUUUGAUCAGUGUCGUCCGCGGGCGCGAGGCUGUGAAGGAGUCGAGCUACUCCCUUGGGCGGUUUGGCUACGCCAUCAACAUUGCCAGUCUCUGCUGGAUUGUGCUAGCCGUGGUGUUAUUCUGCAUGCCCGUGUCGUUGCCGGUGUCGCCCUCGUCCAUGAAUUACGCGAGUGUGGUGUUUGCCGGAUUUGCAUUGAUCAGCGUUACUUGGUAUUUCGUCUACGCGCGCAAGCAUUUCACUGGGCCUCCUGUCUCCGGCGACGACUAUCGGGUCUUCGUCCACGCCUUGAAUACCGUCAAACGAAUCCCCCGAACCGGUACCGCACGACCCCCUGCGUCCGAACGACUGAAGCUCUAUGGCUUGUACAAACAGAGCAUGGAGGGCGAUGUGGAGGGAGUGAUGGAUCGGCCGAUUGGGAACACCGCGGACGUCUACGCCGAAUGUGAGAAAUGGGACGCAUGGUUUGCCCAGAGCGGGCUAUCUCGCACCGAAGCCAAACGACGAUACAUCUCGACCUUGAUCGAGACCAUGCACCAAUACGCGUCGCAAACCCCCGAGGCGUGCGAACUGGUCGCCGAACUCGAAUUCGUCUGGGACCAGAUCAAGUCCAACACGCCCCCGUCCACCGCGUCCAGUCCGCGACAGACCGUUGGAGUCCCACCCCUGCCGCCCGCCAGCUACCCCAGCAUCAACGAUCGCCUGGCCCGAUCCGACUACGAACAUAUGGUGACCGCCACCGCCCGCGGGGACUCGCGACUGCGCGUGCUCAGUCCCGUCAGCCAGCCCGAAGACAUGUACCGACGCCGCGGGGGCGCUUCGCCCAUGCGCGAGGACGAAAUCGACGAGCAGGAGCGCGCGCUGGACGAAGAAGAGGAAGAGGAGUACGCCGAAGCACAAGACACCCUGUACGACGAUGACGACAUCAUCGACGACAUCGUGCAAGUCCCCGACAACUACGACAGCGGGUCUACGAACCCAGAAGCCGACGAAGAGGAGUUCGAGCAGGAGCGCCCACCAGAUGAAGAGUACGACGACGACGUCAGCAGCGCCCUGCAGCGACGACGGUUGAAUCACCCCCACCACCAGAACCAGCAAAUCCCGGAUGUCGGCCACCCACGAUGGCGUCGACGGGUCGAGCAGGCCUUGACUAGCAUGACGGCUGAGAUCGCCGCCGUCCGGGAACAGAUGGAGUCGCGCGCGCUGGCACAGCGCCGUCGCAACGCCCUCUGGACCUGGAUCAAGUGGCUGGUGUGGGUGACGUUCCGACAGAUCAUCUGGGACCUGGCUGUGCUGGGGGCGAUGCUGAUCUGGAUGAGGAUGCGUGGCGACCGUCGACUCGAGCAGAAGCUCCGGGUGGGAUGGACUGAGGUGAAGACUCGGUUGAUGAGGUUGAAGUCGCUACGACAGGUGCCGAAGUUAUACACUUUUCCUUGA